GCAAGGCCCCAUUUUGCCAGCUCGGACGCUUCCAAAAUCUCCAAUCGCCGGCACCUUGCCAAGGAGUGACUGGGUCGAGUGCACCGCGGCGGGUGAGCGUGUCGGAGCCGACCCGGAUCUUCUCUUCUCGCAAGGAGGAAGAGGCGGAGGGCGGAAGCUUCUAGAACCAGCCGGCCGCGAUGGGAGACGCCGCCUCCGCCGCGCAGCCUCCGCCCGCGGCGUCGCCCGCCUUCUCCUACCUGGCCGUGUUCGGCAACUGCCCGCUCAUCGCCGCCGUGCUGGCCUUCGCCAUCGCCCAGUCCAUCAAGGUCUUCACCACAUGGUACAAGGAGAACCGGUGGGACGCGAAGCAGCUGGUGGGGUCCGGGGGGAUGCCGUCUUCGCACUCGGCCACCGUCACCGCGCUCGCAGUCGCCAUCGGCCUACAGGAAGGGUUCAGCUGCUCGCUCUUCGCCACAGCUGCCAUCUUUGCCUCUGUGGUGAUGUAUGAUGCUUUUGGUGUUAGGCUACAUGCAGGGAGGCAAGCAGAGGUCUUGAAUCAAAUUGUAUACGAGCUACCAUCAGAGCAUCCACUUGCUGAAACAAGACCGUUGCGAGAGCUCAUAGGACACACGCCUCCUCAGGUUUUUGCUGGCGCGGUGCUUGGAUUUGCAGUAGCCACAUUUACGGGGAUGAUGGCUGGGCUUGGUAACAGUGGUUGAUUCUCUUGACCGGUGGAUGCACGGUCUCCAUAGCUUCAGCAUUACUUGCAUUGAAGUGUUAGAAUACAUACAAAUUGGGUUUAUGGUUUCAGGAGGCCAGCUUGUUCUAGGUAAUGCUUUUUGUAUAGGUGUGUUUACUUUGCUGCAAUUCAGCGUCUCGAGAAAGAGAGAAAUUGUCCCAUUCUUUUGUAACUAACUGGUAAAUAACCAUUUUGCUAUAUUCUGAUGUUGUUGAUGUGAAAUUUGGUAGCUAUAAAGCAUACCAUUUAACUA